AAAGUUGAAACAUGGACGCAUUCUGCCGAUAGGCUUUCCAGUAAUAUAACUUACCGGGGAUGUGCUUGAUCUGCACCCGUAAAGGUCGACCAACUCCGCGACACAAUACGCCACAAUAUUGCGACACCGCCUGUCCUCCUGCCAUAUAUUCUGAAAUGUAUGUGGCACCCAGAUGUUAUCGAUCACAUACCCCACUCAUCAAGAUACAAGGCUGCCGAACCAUGUCGAGAGCGUCAUCAUCCAGUCGCCUUAGCAAAGCCGACGAAUUGUGGGACGAGAAGGACUUUAUUACACCCGACCAGGACCGUACUCCCCAUGUCUCUGCGUUCAAGAAGCCACUAUGGUCUGAUGAGUCAGAAACAGACUCUACAAGGUCUAUAGGGUCUAUAGAGUCAAAGCGUUCGUCCAUUGAGGAAGGAAUCGAUGCCAUAGAAAACUAUGCACAUCGGGCGUUGAGGAAAUCUAGUAAAGCGCUUAAACGGUCUUCCUCGUCGCUCCUGUCAUUCCUUGCACACAGAGAGGGUUCCGAAUGGGUAAAUGCCAAGGAUGGGAUCUCAGAUUUGGGAGAGGACGAUGCGAAUGCAGUUCAGCAAGCACUCGAUGCUGCUAAUGCCAACUGCCCCGAUGGGAAGCUCUAUUUCAGAAAGGUACCUGAAACCGAAGGUGGGGAGCAAUACUAUUGGCAGGUCAAGUUCGAUCACAAGCAUCGCUCAUGUUUCGAGACUGCUAAGACCCUUGAAGAAGCAGCAAAAAAGGCCAAGAGUUUCCUUGACUAUAGAGAGCCGGGAGAACUCGACGACAGGUUCCACAACCUGUCCGAAUAUCUCAACAACGACAGGCGCUACAAUGGUGCUAUUAUACUAUUCAAGGAAGGAAAGUCGAAGGACUACUACCCUUGGAAAGUUCGAGUCCAUCAUGAUAAACGCGGUUUCGCCAAACGCGCGGAAUCUCUGGAACAAGCGAUCCGUGCGAUGGAGGAGCACGUCACGUUCGAAGAAGCGACGCCGGAAACACAAAAAGGCGAUGUUUGGAAUAAGAUUUUCUCUGCUAUGAAGAAACAUCGUAAAAUGAAAGUAUUCUUUAAAGAAGUGACUGAAGAUGGACCUAACGAAGAGCAGCAGAUGUCUUGCCAUGUCAAAGUCGAUCAUCCGAUUCAAGGAAUCCAAUUCGAGAAGAAGGCUAACACGAUCGAUGAAGCUGCCAACGAUGUACUCAAGUACUUGGAAGCGAAGCAAAAGGACAAGGCAGCAAAUCGCAAGCAGAAGCAGGAUUAGCGAGAUGGGCCGCCUGGUAAAUAUAGAAAAAAUAGGGAAUUUGCUUCGCUAUAAUUCAUUUUGGCUAUAUUAUUGUGUUGCUUACGUGUGUAAUGAAAAUGGAGAUCG